AUGGAUGGCGUGCCGUCAGCUGAAGACCAUGCGCGGCUCAACAUUCUCGUCAAACCGAUCGGUUCCCGGAAUCCGCAGGCCUUCAACCGCAUCCUCGAGCGCCUCAACCGGCAGCAAAUCGUCCAGGUCGGCGACCAGCAGCAACCGCGCGUCAUCAAGGCCCACUUCACCGCCACCGUCCCCCCGGAAUCGACGCGAUUUGCCGAUUUUCAGAAAGUCGGCGACAAGGUGGUGGCGGCCAGGCGGCGUUCCUCGGUGGGCGUCGUUGUGGGCAUCGACGAUGUGCGCAUAUUCUACGAGAACAUUAAGUCAGACUUCACGACGUCGAUCGUCGACAGCCGGUGCAUCCUGAUCGGAUACGACGAGGAGCAGUGCUCGACAAGGUUCACCUCCCGGGAGACGCUCUGCUACAACGCCAUGGAGGACACGGACACGCUCGAGGAGGAGAUUCGCGAAUUCCUGCGCAACAUCUAUUUUGUCUACGAGCAAAAGCGCAUGGACGUGGCCUUUGAGAAAGUGGAGCAACCCCCGUGCCCGAUACUGCCCGAGGAGGAGAAACUCCGCGUCGGCACCGAGCAGAAAACCUCCAAAACCUACAAGCGUAAAUGCCUGGGGCGCUGCAAAAAGCAGCAGGCCGACUACACGCUCCUCGCCGGACUCCCUCAACAAGCGCUCGAGCACUACGUGGAGGCCAUCGAAAUGCUGCGCCAGGCGAACGACCUCCUCUGGCUGGCCGGCGCGCUCGAGGGGUGGUCAUGUGCGGCGAUGGCCGUCCUUUUCGAGGACGACAGCAGCUUGAGAUCCCCAAUGCACCGCGUCGCCACGAUGAGCCCCCAACAAAUUCGCGACGCCUCCUCGCAGGGCCGAAAUUUGCAUCAGCUGGGCGUUGCCCACGGCCACCAGCGUUACCGGAGCGACGAGGACGCGUCGCGGCUCUCCGCCUCCUCCUCCGCGUCGGACAGCGCCGACAGGAGCGGCACGGGCGGCAGGAGGACGGCGCUGUCGUGGAUCAAGUCCGACAAGAGGGAUAGACUCGAGCCCCAGAUCAUCCUCGAACGAUUCGAGACGGCCAUCGAAAAUUACGGGAAAUUUGGUUUCGCGGCGUACCUGGAAUACGAGUGCAUGAUGAAGGCCUCCGAGCUGCUGCGAUAUCAAGGGAAGCUCAUCGACAUGGAGGCGGGUUUUAAUUGCGGUGAUUUCUGGGUUGCCGAGCCCUUUAAAACGCUUCAGGAGUUCCACCGCAGCCACGUGGGCAAGUUCCUCGACGACUCGUUCACCCGCUUCGACCACCAGUUCAAGGCGCAGAUCUGCUCCAACAGCGCCGAGAUGUACAGGAAGGUAAACUUCCACCGGAAAGCCUCGUUCUUCUCGCGACUCGGCGUGCUCUUCCGGCUGCACGUCACCGACGGGGAGACGAGAACCGUCGCCGACUACCGCAUCGUCUAUCCGAUCCUCUACCGUACCCUGGGCGGUUACGGUAUCACGGAGAAUGUGGGCAGGGAGCCCGCCCAGAAUUCGGGGCCGUUCGAGCUGCAGAUCAAGGCUCUCCACGAGGUGUACACGUCCGCCCUCAGGGCCCAGCUCCACGAUGCGGCGGUUCGGCAUUUGUGCCAUUUGUUGCAGGCCUACUACCCGCACCUUGACCAGCCGAUGCGGAAUCGUCUCGUCGGCGAGCUGCAGGGCAUGACGUCUUCCCCGGCUCGUCACAACCUCGCUGUACAUCUACCGCUCGAAGAGCUCGGCCUCGGCUCGUCGAAUAUCGUCCUCCCGCCCAUACAGCUCGUCUCCUUCCCCCAGAUACUGGACCCAGAAGUGCUGCCGCUGCCGUCGCAUCUGGCCCCUCGAGUGACGCGCCCCUCCGACAAUCACCGCUCGACGUUCAUCUACUCCCAUUUUGAGAGGGAGGCCGAGGAGAAACGGAGGAGGGAACAGGCGAUCCCGUGGAUCGUCGACGCGUCGUGCAAGGUCAGCGUCCGCGUGCACAACUGCUUGCCCCAGGAGCUCGUCGUCAGGGAAUUGUGCGUGCUUGGCGAGGGGGUUCCCUUCGAGGCGGUGCCGCUCAAGCUGACGCUCCCGCCCGCGACUGAAGAUCAGCCUCCAAACUACAUCCAGCACAACCUGAUCCUCGUGCCGAAGGCGGCCGGCCAGCUGACGCUGAACGGCUACAGCUGCCAGGUGUUCGGCCUGAAGAACGUGUGCAAGAUGAGGGCCCCGAAACCGUUGACCGUGGAGGUGCUCCCAUCGCUGCCGCUGCUCUCCAUCGUCUCCACGCUCCCGCGCGCACCCGUACUCGCCGAAGUUGACGGGGAACAGGGAUUCGAGACGACCGUGUAUAGUGGCCAAACCUUCUCCCAUUCGGUUACGCUAGUAAAUGCGUCGCCCAAGAUCGGGAUACGCGACAUCCCAGAAGCUUCUGCCCGCCCUCCUUCCCCAUCGCCAUCUACCAUGUCGGAGCUGUCGUCAACCGGGGACCGGAUACCCUACACCGGACGACUGCUGACGGCCCAAUUCAUCUUUGACUACACGGCCGACGUGGAGGGAUCGCAGGGAGAGGUCUACUCCCGUACAGCCACCCUGCCGCUGGCCAUCACCGUCGUACCAGCCGUCACCGUGGCCGCGUACAUUGUGGUGGACGUGUCGAACUCGACGGACGCCGACGCCGAGUUGGUGUUCUCCGGCUCGCGGGCGAUGGGCGUCCCGCCGAGGGAGACGUGCAGGGUCCCACUGCUGUGCCCGUGUUGUACGCAGGUGGCCGGCCGGGCCUUCUACGCCGCCCAGCAGAAGGACAGCAAGGUCAUGCAACGGCUCGAAAUCGAACGUCUCCGCCAGGUGCUCGAGUCGCACGUCGCUGAACAUCUCGGCAUCCGGUGGUCGAUCCCCAGCAAGGAGUUGGAAGGCCUGGUCCCAGUCGGAGCGCUCCUCUCCUCCGUGCCGCUCCUCAAACAGCUCGUGCUGCCCGCCAUUUCGCUCGAACUGGAAGUGAACGGGACGCCGUAUCUGUCCCAAGACGACCUCGCCACCGCCAUCAGUGACAUGACGAGGAUUCGCGUGUCCGUCAUCUCGUCCCUCGAUUACCAAUUCCACGGCGAGCUGUCGCUGUGCUGCGAGCAAGAGCUGUCCUCCCGCGCCGAGCCCCUCCCUCGCCCGCAUAAUAUGGUCAUCGUCGGGUCGAGGAAGCAGCCGUUUACCGUACCACCGAAGACAACCGACGAGCAAAUCCCGGCUCCCCGUUGCGAGCUCACCUUCAACGUCCUCUUCCGCGUCGAGGGCGUCUACAAGGUACGCCCCGUGAUCAAGGCCCUGCUGGGUGAUCGUCUCCUUCCCGACGAGGUCUUCGCCUCGCCCAUCUCCUUCAACGUGGCCUCGUCCAGA